AUGGGGGCGGGCAAGAGCAAGCCCAAGGAGCCGGGCCAGCGCUCCAUGAGCCUGGAUGGCACCAUAGGCACCGGCUCAGACAGCGGACACUUCCACCACCUGGGCCCCGCUCAGCAGACCCAGACCCCCAACCGAAGCCCUGCUGUCGGCACGGGGAGGCGGGGCUACCAAGGGCAGCACGCCCCAACAAACACCCCAGAGCUGGCUCUGUUCGGAGGGGUGGACCACACAGGAACACUGACGUCCCCUCAGCGAGGACCCCUGUCGGGAGGCGUCACCACGUUUGUGGCGCUGUACGACUACGAGUCGCGGACAGUGAGCGACCUGACCUUCAGGAAAGGCGACCGGCUGCAGAUUGUGAACAACACGAAAAAGUACAGCUUCAGAGAAGGGGACUGGUGGCUCGCUCGCUCGCUCACAACAGGAGAAAGUGGCUACAUCCCCAGCAACUACGUGGCUCCGUCCGACUCCAUUCAAGCUGAAGAGUGGUAUUUCGGGAAGAUCACCCGACGUGACUCAGAGAGGUUCCUUUUGAACGUGCAGAACCGGCGAGGAACCUUCCUGGUGAGGGAGAGCGAGACCACGAAAGGGGCUUACUGCCUGUCAGUGCUGGAUUACGACAACACCAAAGGCCUCAAUGUUAAACAUUACAAGAUCAGGAAGCUGGACAGUGGAGGUUUCUACAUCACCUCUCGUACCCAGUUCACCAGCUUACAGCAACUAGUCUUCCACUACCGCAAGCACUCAGAUGGCUUGUGUCACGCUCUGACGGAUGUGUGUCCAGUGGCCAAACCUCAGACACAAGGCUUAGCCAGGGAUGCAUGGGAGAUUCCUCGGGAGUCCCUUCGCUUGGAUGUCAAACUGGGACAGGGCUGCUUUGGAGAAGUCUGGAUGGGUACGUGGAACGGUACGACGCGGGUAGCCAUUAAGACCUUAAAGCCGGGCACCAUGUCUCCAGAGGCCUUUCUGCAGGAGGCACAGGUCAUGAAGAAGCUGAGGCACGAGAAGCUGGUCCAGCUGUACGCUGUAGUGUCUGAGGAGCCCAUCUACAUUGUCACAGAGUACAUGAGUCAAGGCAGCUUACUGGACUUCCUGAAAGGGGAUGCAGGACGGAUGCUUCGUCUGCCACAGCUGGUAGACAUGGCUGCUCAGAUCGCAGCCGGGAUGGCUUAUGUGGAGAGGAUGAACUAUGUUCACAGAGACCUGCGUGCCGCCAACAUCCUGGUAGGAGACAACCUGGCGUGUAAGGUGGCCGACUUUGGUCUUGCGCGGCUGAUUGAAGACAACGAGUACACAGCAAGGCAGGGUGCCAAGUUUCCAAUCAAGUGGACGGCACCAGAAGCAGCGCUGUACGGUCGCUUCACCAUAAAGUCAGACGUCUGGUCCUUCGGGGUGCUACUCACAGAGCUAGCAACCAAAGGCAGAGUUCCCUAUCCAGGUAUGGUUAACCGAGAGGUGCUCGACCAGGUGGAGCGCGGCUACAGGAUGCCUUGCCCAGCGGAGUGUCCCACUUCCUUGCAUGACCUCAUGCUUUCCUGCUGGAGGAAGGAUUCCGAAGAGAGGCCCACGUUCGAGUACCUGCAGGGCUUCCUAGAAGACUACUUCACCUCCACAGAACCCCAGUAUCAGCCUGGGGAGAACCUAUAGAACCGCAAACUGUACCCAAACCUGAAUGGGGAGUGGGGGCCUCAGCACUGGAUGAUCUGCACUAACCGACCUCAGUGGAGGAUCUGAGCCUGUGAAACUAAUCUGUGAGGAACUUCUUCAGUGGAAACACAACCGAGACCAAAAGCUGCAGAAGUCCCUCUGUGUGCCAUACAGGAAGUGCUACAGAAACAACAUGGAGAAAUCGGCGUUCUGGGAGCGAGUCGCAGCUGACCCAAAGUUCUCCUGCACAAAGAGGAGAACUCUUGCCGGUUGUUCUCCGACUCAGAUCGAACUGAGAGACUUGCGGGUAAACGUUCAUGUAAGGGGCAGCGGAUGUGGAAGGGAGGGGGGGGGCAAAUCAGGAAGCGCCGAUGGAGUCCUUGAAGAACGUACAUCAUGUUGAGGAGGGGUAAAAAAAAAAAAAGGAAUGGGAAGAAACUUCAUAUUAGUUUUGAGCCGUUUUGACUGAACUCACCCUUUUUUCCCCUACUCUGUUGUAUCUCUUUGCCAUCCUCUGGUACCUUCUCCGCCCACGCAGGAGCGCUGCCGCCGUGGCUCAGCUGCCAGAAGAAAGUCCUUCUUUAUGUCCGCUCUGCCGCACUUUCUCUUUCUCUCUCCGUCUCUCGCGGCAUUUCUCCAGUUUUUCUCAAGUGCUGCUUCUUUAAAACGUCUCGGCUCUGAAACUCGACUCUGCUUCUUUAUCUUUGAGUUUAUUUGGACAGCCUAUCUCUCGGGGCGGAAAGUUUUUGUUUGGGUUUUGUUUUUUGUUUACUGGCACACAAACUUGCUGUUUGGACUUUAUUUUUGUAUUCUUCUUGGGGUUUUUUUUUUCAGUAGAGAAAAGUGGGUAACGUCACGAUCAGUGCAGCGCCAGGAGAGACGGGCAGGUUCUGUGAUGCUGAAAUGAGUUGAUUUCGACGUAAAACAUUCGAGGCCUUUUUCUCCUGUUUAAUCAUGUUGGAUCCUAACCUCCAUUAAAGCCACUCUGAUGCAGGUAGUGUCUGAAUGUGUGUUGUUUUGAUUUGACCUCAACUGGCUAGAAAGCGUCUCUGAUCAGCGCUGCUGCAGGCACACUGAAGGGCAUUUCCAUAGAUUUCACAGCACAAGUCUCUAGAAACAUGAAUUGGGUAGCUGUUGCGUGGCGUAGGCUGAGAGAGCCAUCAGACCGCUCACAUUACUGGUAAACAUCUCGCUCAAGAUGAGGGAUGAAGCCCCUUGCGUUCUGUGCCAAACGAUCUGUCUCUUCUGAUUAUGUACAUAUGUGCUGCUAUGCUGGCAGAACAACCUUAUAACAUCAGCUAAAUAACUUGCAUCGUUGAUCAAAUAUGCAACUUGGAAGCUCUAGAGAACCGGUAAACCUAACAAAACUGUGUUUGACUUGAACAUGAGUUUGUUCUGAAGCCUAUUAGCAUGCUUUUGUGCUCGUCUUUUCUGACCCAUCGGUUGGCUUCUAUUUAUCCGGUUAUCACUCAAGGUUCUGCUGAGACACUGGGAUCAUUUACAGAUUCAUACAAACUGGUCAUCAAUUCCUCUCUUUUUUUUCCUUUUUUCGGGGGUCACUCAUGCUGUACAUAUUACCUUCCUUAAGUUUGGUUUUUGCAGCCCCAUCUUUCACGUUCACAAGGCAGGUUUGUACGGAGGCGGUUUCACAAUUCACAUUAGGACAGAAGGAGCUGGGUUUGUGAUUUUUAUUUUUAUUAAUCAGUGUUAUAAGGCACCAUGCAGCAAUAAGAGAUGGAAGUCCACCAACAAUAGCAAAACCAUGCCGAUGACGGCUCAUUUUAAGGACCUUUCUGAUUCUGGAACCACAGGGAAGCAGCGCGGGUUGUAAUGUUAUGAUACUGAUAAUAAGGUCAAAGAUGUAAAUACUAUCUUAUUCAAAUGACUGUGAUGAUCCUGUUUGUUUGUUUUUUUUUGUUGUAGCUUUUCCUUCAUUUCACUUCUUGGUUGAGGUUUUUACACUGAGACGCCUGCUCUCUCAAUGCUUGACUGGUAGUGAUAUCCUACUGUAAACAGGGCUGGAGAUUGUUUUUUAUUUUAUUUUUUACUUUGUAUUGAUUUUGAAAAUUGUGUUUCUGUAUUUUACAAAAGACAAUUCACAAUUGGGCUUGAGGGAAUUGCAUAAGGGUAAGAGAGCAUCUGCGCUUUCCUUUUUUUAGAAUGGGGAAUUACCCCUCUUGUGUGGACACUGAGCCACCAGUAAGUCACUGGAGCAUUGGGGAAGUAAGCAGGCUUAUGACAAGACUGAGUAACACUGAGGUCAGACGGGAUUUUAUGUGCCAUAUUAAGAAAGGUGUCUCAUUCUUCCCCCUUUCUUCACUAUUUACUUCAGUUGUUUAUAAAUCUAUGCAGUUUCAGUCAAACAUUCCUGCAACUUUAUGGCCAUUUUGUUCAAAAGUCACACACACAAAAAAAAAAGAAGAAAGGAUCCAUGACAAACCGUGUGAGCAUUUUUGUAAGGACUUCUUUCAUCCAUUUUCGUUUUUUUAUGUUACGGGAUUGAAAAUAGGUAUUGUGCCACUUUAUGUUGAUCUUUAAAUGUGCAAUAAAUUAUAUUUGAACUGUG